GUAUUUAGGGCGCCUGCAAGGACUUCCCUCCAGAGCGACGGUUGGGCUUGCUCGCACUGCUUCCUUUCCUGAGACUCCCAGCCCCAUGAUGCACGGCCAGCUGUCGAUCCCGGCUCCUCUCUGCCUGCUCUGCGCCCUCCUGCUGCUGCUACCGGGGGUCCCGGCGACGAUUCCCGGGGGUCUUUUCCCAAAAUCCGUCACGGAUCCGGAGGUGCGGCAAGCCGCCGCCUUCGCCGUGGAAGAAUACAACGCGCGCAGCGCAAACGGCAACUAUUUCAAGGAGUUGCUCUUGGAGGACGCGCAGUCCCAGGUGGUCGCAGGAGCGAAAUAUUAUCUGACGAUGAAGUUGGCAAAAACGGACUGCAGGAAGGCCGUUGGCAACCGGAAGGUGUACAAAGAGAUCCAGAACUGUGAACUCCCUCCGAAGGCUCAGCAGGAGGUGAGAGCCAAUGCCAAAAUCUGA